AUGGAUCUCGGUAACUCGCUGUUACCGUCUUUCUACGAAAAUGCCUUCUCCUAUCUGAGCUUCCUUGGUCUAUCCCAACAACCCGCCAGUCUGCAUGUCAAUACAAACAUACUACCAAGCGAUAACGAAUUUCUAAACAACAUUCCACCGACAUUUGAGAAUGUUUCGGUCUCAUUUGUGAAAGACAAUCUUGCCGUCAUCCCCGGUGAAUGGGAGGCUAGUGGCAUCAAAACACCGUUCUAUGAUAUUCGGUCAGACCAGUCUGAUUUCCAAGAUGUUAUGACACAUAUCAAGUCCGAAGACUUUAUUGCAUGGGACUACUCUUUUUUCAACAUCAUUGGACAGCAGGCAAAGCUCGAGAAAAUCCAGUCGUUCGAGGGAGAAUUUCCGCAUGUCCAUGAGGCGCCUGCCUAUUUCCCGGAAACAAAUGAGCUCUUCUAUACCGAUACAAGUGUCACAGGAUGGCUUUGA